ACACGCGUUUUCAAAAAGGAACAAAAGGAGAAAAAAAAAUGAGAAGUCAUCUGAUUCUGCUCAAGCCAUGCGAGCUCAGAGCUUCUUCUGUUCUUCGUCUCCAUAAGCUUCCUCUGAUUUUUUUUGGUCUUCUGCUUCUGAUUUCGGAUCUCGGAUUCAGAUCGAACUCAGUUUGAAUUAGCUUCCGCGUUUUCUGACUCGGUGUUCAUCUCCCGCCCCUUGCUGUCUUCUCGCUUGCUUAGUCUCAUGAUGGAUGAGAGCUGGAAAUCUGUUCGAUUAAGGUUACGAAUGAGUUUCUCUGUGGCGUUUUUCGUGCUUUUGAGCUUCCGUUCGUGUUCUUCCUUGAACAAUGAAGGGCUAGAUCUUCUGAAAUGCAAAGAAAGGGCGGUGAAAGAUGGAGUAGCUGCUGAUUCGAGAACUGCCGGUUUUCACAGGAAACUAAUUGGUCGUUUCUAUAACCCGUACACUGCUUUGGCUAACAACCGUCCCGUGGCAACUCUCGCUCCACCGGCAUCCUCGGCACCUUCUCCGGCACCUAUUGCUAAAAGACCUGCUCCAUUGCCUAGGGUGCGGACGAAAUCCCAUAAAGACGAUGUUUCUGCUCCAUCUCCUUCUGUGCCUCAGAUAAAAGAAACCCCCCAAACAGAUUCUUCCAGUCCAAGAAGUUCUGCAUCUUCUUCAGACAAAAAGAUUCCUGUAGUCGCUGGCUGCAUAGGUGCUGCUGUUUUUCUUAUCCUCUUAGCUUCCGGUGUAUUCUUUUUCAGAAGCAAGGCAGGGAAAUCUGUGAAUCCUUGGCGUACAGGUCUUAGCGGACAACUUCAGAAAGCAUUCGUAACUGGUGUUCCAAGACUCAAAAAAUCCGAGAUCGAAGCUGCAUGCGAAGAUUUCAGUAAUGUCAUCGGCUCCUGCCCCAUCGGCACAUUGUUCAAAGGGACACUAUCGAGCGGGGUGGAAAUAGCUGUGGCAUCUGUUGCUGCUUCGUCUGCCAAGGACUGGAAGGAAAACGUGGAAAUGGAGUUCAGGAAGAAGAUCGAAACGUUAUCGAAGAUUAACCACAAGAAUUUUGUAAACCUUCUUGGGUACUGCGAGGAAGAUGAACCUUUCACCAGGAUCAUGGUCUUUGAAUAUGCUCCAAACGGAUCACUUUUCGAGCAUCUACACUUUAAAGAAUCCGAACACUUGGACUGGGGAAUGCGGCUAAGAAUAACGAUGGGCAUAGCGUAUUGCCUCAACUAUAUGCACCAACUCGACCUGCCUGUCGCCCACAGCAACCUCGUCUCAUCAACGAUUCACCUCACCGAGGAUUACGCCGUCAAAAUCGCAGACUUUAGUUUCGGGAACCAACAAUGCCCCUCGGCGAAAGAGAAUAGUGCGAAUGCUCUCAUCGAUUCACGGGCCUCGGUCCCAACCUUAGAAGACAACGUUUACAGCUUCGGAGUUCUACUUAUCGAGAUGAUGACGGGAAAACUCUCGGACUCGGAGGAUAGCGGGCUUGCGGGUUUCUCGAGGGGAGAGAUUCUAAGAGAGAUGGCAGAUCCGACGCUCGAAUCUUUUGAUGGUGAGAAGUUUGAGAAGAUAGGCGAAGUGAUCAAGUCUUGUGUCGAGACCGACCCGAGGGAGAGACCGGCAAUGAGAGAUGUGGUGACGAGGUUGAGAGAGAUCACGGGGAUUUCCCCCGACGACGCCAUCCCGAAACUGUCGCCGCUCUGGUGGGCGGAGCUGGAGGUCAUGUCGACGGCCUGAAGAGUCUCUUUCCCACCAAAACUGUAAGUAAUUUCAGAAAUGUGAUGACGAGUUUUGAGUGCUCUUGUUGUAGCUAGUGAAAUCCAUAAGAAGUUGUUUGUUGCUGUUCUCAGUAUACAUAUUGCGUGUGUGUGUGUAUACACGUGCACCUAUAUACACACACACGUACAUAUAUAUAUAUAUAUAUACUAGUGUAUAUAACGACCGGAAAUCAGGUAAAUUUGAUCCA